CUGUUGUCUUGCUCUCGGUGGCUGGGUUGCAUAGUGCGUGCGUUGAAAUAAUAGAUAGAAGACGCAGGCGCGAGCGCAGCCUGAACACUACGCGCCCGCGCGCCGACCACGUAGCAGCGGCUGAGAGUUACGCGCCUAAAAAACAAACUGCAACCAUGUCGACGGCAAGUUUCCUACUGACGGUGACAACCAGUUGGGGUGCGGUGACGGACAAAUGUGACAAGGAGAAGGAGCGACCGAAGCUGAACAUCGCCGAAGUGGCUGCUAAGGAGCUACGAGAGACCCCGGCCACAAGAGACCAGGCUCUGCGCAUCAUGAGGGAGUGGAUCCAACAGAAUAACGACAUCAGGAACGUGCGCACAGAUGACUGUUUCUUACUGCGAUUUCUUCGUCAGAAGAAAUUCAGCAUACCCAUGGCGCAGCAAACUUUACUGAAGUAUUUGAGUCUGAAGAAAUAUUACCUAGAAUAUUUCACGAAUCUCGACUGCGAGGAUCCCAAAUUAGAGGAAAUCCUCCGUAACGGGUACAUUGCCGUCUCGCCGGUGCGCGAUGCGAGCGGCCGCAGGGUCAUCGUCUACAACAUGGGUAAAUUCAACGCAUUGAAGUUCAACUGUUGGGACAUGUGUCGCGCCCACGUUCUGGUAUAUGAGACUCUGCUGGAGGACCCAAUGAACCAAGUAUGCGGGUUUACACACGUCGGGGACGGCAGCGGAGCCUCCGCAGCACACGUCAUCACUUGGAACCCCUCAGACUUCGCCAGGCUCAUGAAGUGGGGGGAGCAAUCGAUGCCGAUGCGCCACAAGGAGUUUCACAUAGUGAACGCGCCGUCCGCUCUCAAGUACAUCAUCGACUUCGCCGUCAGCAAAGUCACACCCAAAAUGGCACAGAGACUUCAUAUCCACACCAACCUGAAACAACUUCACAAGCAAAUGGACACAUCCUGCCUGCCCACAAUAUACGGAGGGCCAAUACCUCUGCAGGAUAUGAUCGAGUUCACCAGACAACUCCUCAGCGACCAAAGGAAGAAAGUCCUUGGACUCGAUGACAUGGAACUCCUCAACACACGAGGCAUCAUCUCGUCAAGACAAAAGAGCACGAACGGUGACAUCCAGUCAGUACAGGGUAGUUUCAGAAAACUAGAAAUAGAUUAGCCCGCCUCUUAAGCUUAUUUUAGCGUAUAACAUCCUAGCAAUUAGGUGAAUUAGCAAUGAAGACAACCCUUCUCUACAUUUUAUAGUCUUUUUCGAAGAUAUUGUAAAUAGAUAUGUCAGUUCAGGGGGGUUAACAAGGCCACAUCUGUUUGUUUCCAUUGCGCACUUACUUUUAUAUGCGCACACGUCAAAUUGCAGUAUUGCUCUUUUAGAUGAAUUGGUUCGAUGUGGCUUUUCUUUGUAUUUCCUCCGUGGUUCAGGCUCAUCCUAACUAAAUAACAGUUCAAAAAUCAAUUUAUGUAAUAUUUAUUGUAUUGCAACUGUUUAUACUUACCAUAGAAACAUGGUCGAAUUUAAGGGUUUGUGUGUAUGUUGAGUAUAAGAGAUGCGGUGAUAUUAAACGCAGGCUGUCUACAAUUUACAAAAUACUUAAAUGCGGUGUCGUGGUUGUGGUUACAAGUAUGUUUGUAGGUACUAUUAUUUCAUAAGUAGGUUACACUGAGAUGUUGCUCUGUUUGUAAUUACAGUUUAGUUAAUUCGCUUAUGCUGAAUAAUAAGCUUUUCUUAACUUUCAGAUCUUUUAGUUGAUAACGUAGGUCGUAAGGUUCGAGUGAACGAUUUUGAAGUAGUCUGAUACGCAUUAAGUGAUUAUAUCAAUAAAUGACAAAAUUCUUCAUGAA